AUGGCUCUGCGCUACCCCAUGGCUGUGGGCCUCAACAGGAGCCACAAGGUGGCCGAGAACGUGAGCAAGCCGAGGCACAGCCGCUGCCACGGGCCCCUCACCAAGCACACCGAGUUUGUGCAGGACAUGAUCCAGGAGGUGUGCGGCUUCGCCUCUUAUGAACGGCGGGCCAUGGAGCUGCUCAAGGUCUCCAAGGACAAGCGGGCCUUCAAGUUCAUCAAGAAAAGGGUGGGGGGACACAUCUGUGCCAAGAGGAAGAGAGAGGAGCUGAGCAAUGUCCUGGCCGCCAUGAGGAAGGCAGCAGCCAAGAAGGACUGAGCCCUUCCCCUCUGUGCACAAUAAAACUUCUUCAGAAAAAAA